GUGUGGCAGACUUGGAGCGAGUCUUCAGUGCGCUGCAGUGAUUCCCAGCUCAGCCUAAACGAUGUGUUCCGGCUAAAAGUCUUCUUUGCUGUAAGACAACUUUUCCCACCCCUUCUUUUUCGGGGUUUUCAUUGAGAAACACGCUCAUAAAGUGGAUAAGGACUUUGAUCUGAAGCUGCAUUCCAACAGGCUCUGGAUUAUACUGCGCCAAGAGCGCUGGUCUGUCAUCAUGUUCCUUCACAUUGCCUUUUUCCUACUCUCCUGUGAAGCGGUGUUCUCCAGUGAUUGCCCAGAAAUCUGUGACUGCAAAUCUCCAAGCACAAUAUUUUGUGUUCAAAGUGGGGCCACCAGUGUACCCCGUGUCCCUAUCUCCACUGAAAACCUAUACAUCUUCCAGAAUGACAUCAUCACCUUAACCCGGGAUGACUUUAAAGACAUCACUGAGUUGAAAUCAAUAGAUUUGAGCCAAAAUAAGUUAACAGAAAUUCCUGACAAUGCAUUUGAGUCACUCUCGAAAUUGAAUAACUUAGACCUUUCUGCAAAUCAUAUAACUCACAUUUCCAAGGAAAGUUUCUCAGGCUUAGUCCAGUUAGAGAGGCUGUAUCUCCAUGGAAACCUCAUACAGAGCAUUCACCCGGAGGCUUUUGAAGGUUUAGAGAUGCUGUUGGAGCUGAAACUGCAAGAAAACAAGCUUACAUCUCUGCCUUCGAUCGAUUUUCCCAGACUACUUCUUAUAGAUCUUAGCAACAAUAAAAUCCCAACACUUGAAUCCCCAAACUUCCAUACUCCUCAUCUAGAAACCCUAAAACUAUCCUCAUUGGGUCUCUCCUCUUUGGACGAAGCUCUCGUAGCCUCCAUGAGAAACCUUCAUGAGCUUGACUUAUCAUCGAAUAAGUUACAAGAAGUCCCUCAAGCUCUAAAGCAGGAAUCUCUAAAGGGCCUUACCAAACUAAGCCUGGCUGCUAACCCACUUUUCGAAGUGAAAGUUAGUGAUCUUAAGCAGCUGGUCGCAAUUCAAGAACUGGAUCUAAGCGGAAUUAAUCUCCAGGGUUUUCCUGAAGGUUUUUUUGAAAACUUUCCCAAGUUGACAAAACUGACCAUAGCUGAGAACCCUUUUAAUUGCCUUUGUCCGUUAGCCUGGUUCCCUGUUUGGCUAAAAGAAAAAAAACACAUCAUGAUGAUGAGACCUGAGGAAACCAGAUGCCAUUUUCCUCUAGUUAAUGCUGGGAAGAAGCUUUCCGCAUUGGAGCACAAAGAUUUUGGAUGUCCUCUUACCACAACGGAAUCUAUUGGCUAUCCUCUAGAAAAUACUCAUGUUCCCCAAAUCCCUACAACGUCUUCAGAAACCACCUAUACCAACGCCAUUCCUCCUCCUCCACCUCCUAGUGAUGAAAGUUUGUCCUUCGUAACAGACAAUCCUCGCUUUGGAUCAGAACCUCCAGUUUCCCCGAGUUUUCCAGGGCUGGAAAAUGAGCUACAUUUCUGCCCGCAAAACAUUUGUCUCAAUGGCGGGACUUGCUAUUUUGAUUUAAGCGGAACAAUCACCUGUUUGUGCUCAUCAGGAACAUCAGGCCUCUACUGUGAAACUGUAAGAGAAAAAACGGAGUUCCUGCAGCCUUCCGCAACAGAGGUUUCUGUGGUAACCUCGGUGUUGGCCUAUAAACUUGACGAGAUCAGCUCACGGGAAGUUACAUCAACAUCAAUACUUCUUGACCUGCACAGCUUCAUUGAGACCCGGCCCAACAUCCGUGGUAUCAGGCUGACCUACCGUAACCUUUCAGGUCCUGACCGUCGUCCUAUGAUUCUGAGUUUACCAACAUCCUACCCUGAAUACACUUUGCGUGGUUUGAGACCAAACUGCACCUAUUUAGUCUGUGCCAGUCCCCUUGGAGAAAAGAUCCGUUUUAAAGGCAACAGCUCUGUAGAAAUGGGUCCCUGUACAGAGGCUCGCACUAGUCCUACUGUGUCUGUAGAGCCUUUAGUAAAUCCAGAGACCCCUAUGACAAAGACUCUCAUUGCAGCCCUUGUGGUCCUAGCAUUAGUUCUGUUGUUGGCUGCUGUGGCUGGAGCUAUAGUCUGUGUACAGAAGAAAAGGCAGGCAACUGCAGGAUUGGAGUUAGAGCUUGGCCCAACAGAUCCUGAGGCAAUGGACUUUGAGGAAGUUAAAGUUUGUAUGGAAAAUGGAGUCCAUGCUAAACUUCCUAUCAAACAGCCUCAGGGAGAUCGUUGCCAAACACCACAACCACCUCCAUUAUUGCAACAAAACGGUAGUUUGGAACAUGAGGCUCCCUUGAUACAAGGACACUACCCAUCAAAUAACAAUAUAUCAACAGUGAAGCCGUCUUAUUUCUAAUGCUAAGCAGGAUAAAAGUGGAGUUCCCGUCAGGACUAUGCUGCAGUUCUCUUUAUAGUUUUUUUUUUUUUUUAUACCCAUAUCAGAUUUCCACUGUUUGAAAAGGGCACUUACUGUCUUCUGUUGUGCACAUGAUGGAAUAACAGAGCAGAUAAUCUAUUUAAGAGACUCAUCUUUAUGGAUUUCAGACCACAGCGUAUUCAAAAUAUGCUUAACAACUACGUGACAGUGAAAAAUAUGUGAUUUAAAUUCAUGUAACAGGGUUUGACAGUGGAACAUCUAAUCCAAUCAAAAAAUCAAGUGCAAUCAAUUAGGAGGGUCUCAGUUUUGGACAAUGCCUGCUUGCAGUGACCUACUAGAACUCUUUGCUGUUUUUUUUCUUUUUAUAUGAAAGAAAAACACUUUAAUCCUGUUGCUGGAUAUGGGAAUUUGAAACAAAAAAAGCCUUGAACUGGAAAAGCGGCAGAGGCUCAAAGACAUGAAGACUUUUUAAUUGCAAACUUUUGCAUACCUGAAUUGUGUAUAAAAAAUUGCACUGAAAACCACAUUUUGUGGUGACUUCCACAAGGCUUACAGUAAUUUGAAUAAGCAAAAAUAAAUACACGUUUGGACAUUACAGACUAUCAGUGCAUCCAAGGUCUAAAAUUAAUUUUCGAAAUUGAUACUUAAGGAAAAAAAAAGUUCAUUUGAAUUCAGAUUUGGGAGUCUGCUGUCUCUACUCAACCACCACAGUUUCCUACACCGCAGAGCCUUUGGAGUUUAUGGAAUUUAAUUUACUGUGAAAGAUUAGUACAACUGUUGUUACCUGCUUUUUUGUUAUUCUAGAUCAGCUGUUGAUUUUCUGCUUUUACUUUGUGAAUUUUUGUAUUUUUACCAUGUCUCUGUUGUAAAUAGCUUUUGAGUAAUAUUAUUGUCUCCUUAAUGGGCAUAUGUAAUGCCUGACAUUUCCUUAAAAGAGAGCUAAUAAGGAAAACAAAACAAAAAAAACAAACCACGAAUAUAGGUGAUAUUGCAGUUGAAAGAUAUAGAAAAAUGUCCAUGUAUAAAAAUGUAAACUUGGGUAACGAUACAUAUGCAAUGCUCACCCAAGACAUAAGUGCCGUCAGUAUCUCUCCAACUGAAAUGACAGUUUAACACAUAAAGAUUUAGAACAAUUGUUGACACACUUUAUUGCUGGGUCCCCCUUCUGUUUAUAUGAAUUAUAAUAAAGGAAUUACCAUUAUCCCACACCCAGGAAAAUUCACUAUAGUAAAUUACAUAUUUUAAUUUAAUAAAUUAUACACUUUGAAUAUAAAUAACAUAUUUAAAAAGUGUAUUUUUUAUUUUAUUUGUUUGUUUUACUGUGUAACCAUAUUCAACAUCAAUAAUAAAAAUAAUAAAUUAAUUUAUUCUUCCAUAACCCUCCUCCCCUGCCACCCUCCAAGGGGCUGGCCACACACUUUGGAAAACACUAAUUUAAAGGAUAAUUUUGAAAUCUAUUAAGGGGAGAAAUAUUGCCUGCGAGCAAUGGCCUGGGGACCUUGCAAACCAGGACUAAAGAAUUUAAAAACUUUUAUCAUGUUUUCAAAUUUUCUGUAAUCUGUCAGAGUGGCAGAUUAGCUUAUGAAAAACAACAACAACAAAAACAAAUUGAAAUAUAGGAACAUCGAGAUAAAAGUUUCAAUUCCUGUUUUAGUUCCGACCGCCAUUCAUACAGGCUGAAUACAUCAGAAUGCAUCAGAGUCCCUUCCAAUAACUGUCAUCAAACCAUACAGCGUAGCAAUAUUAAGCAAGACAAGUGCCUGUGCAGAUUUCAGUUUUCUUACUGUAAUCAGUCCAGUUUCAGUUGUAAGUUUUUAAAUUCACUACAGCAUCCAGCUGCCAACGUUUUACAUAUAGAAUAUUGUCUGUCUUAGCAGACAGUUAUCACCCCGGUAACAGCAUAAUGUUUGACCAUGAUAAAGUCACAUUAAACUAAUAUUGCACAUGUGGAGGAUUGGAAAGAAGGUGAAAUACUAUGAUGAAUUCUAAUAGUCCAGUUUUAUACAAACUCUUCAUUUAGGAUGCACAGAAAGAAAAUGAGUUGCAGUGGAAAGCUAAUUAUUGAACCAUCUAAUGCUGAAGGAUCCUUUGUAGAUCAUAGUCCUGUGAAAUUCUGCUUCUAUCAAACUAAUUUAGGAGGUUUUGGAUAAAUUGGUAGGAAAUUAGUAUUGUUUUCUGUUUUCUACAUUGUAGGUUAAAACCAUUUUCUGCAUAGAUCAUCUUAUUAACAAAUGUCCUCAUAUAUAUCCUUAUCCCA